AUGUCGUCGGUCGUAUUGCGCCCAGACGAGAUUGAAUCGCUGCGUAAUUGGUUGGACUCCAAGGCGGUUAUUGUGCCCGAGGGAUGGCUGGAAGCCUGUCUCGAGUGGCUGUCCGAGCAAUCAGAUGUCCAAAUGACACUCGGCCAGUUGAGGGAGGCCAUCUAUCAGCAAUGGCUUCACUCCGAUUUCAGCCAGUUUGAAUGUCCUAUUUUGCCUGAUCAGGAAGCUGUAAUGCAAGAAACACUUCUUCUGGAGGGAGAACUCUGUCUCCAGAUCAGUGCCCUGAUAAACAUCGGUGAAUCGUAUUACGGUCAGUUGCGAAGAUUGGAAGGCAGUUUGGGCAAGGAUGUACCCGAUUUUGAGAUUGAUAAGGAGUUAAUUGAUGAUGCCGAGGAGGUCUCAAUCAAUCCGUCAUUUCAACUCUCGAAUAUUGCCGCUCGGUCCUCCUUUUCCUCAUCCAACUGUCGGACCUAUCCACAAAACGCCAAUAUUCCGACGUAUGCACUUCAUCUCACAGAUGGUGUGCGUACAAUCAAAGCCGUGGAGGUGGGAUCCAUGACUUCAACGACAGCGACAUCACCAGAGGAGUGGUUUCGGGUUGGCGCCAAAGUGAAGCUGAAAGGUCCACUAAAAUUACGUAAGGGAGUCUUACUUCUUCCUAAUGGGACCAUCUCUAAUCCUGUCGUCACUGCUCAAUCACCGAACUCACAGUGCUGCUUUUUGGGCGGGGAGGUUGAAUUUGCGGAGACCGGUGAGAGGAGAACAGAAGCCCUUCUGCAACGUGAGCUUUUGAUGAAACUCAACCUCCCACCAGACAGGCCUCCAGAGUGGUUUCCUGGUCACCGACAUCUCCCCACAUCCACCACUGAGGCUACUACUACUACUACUAACACUAUUGAUAAUAUUACCAGCAACACCACUGACGUUGCUCUUCGACCUCCAGAACGAAACGUUGGGAGCGAGCUCAAUGAGGAAGACCUUUUCGAUGAAGAUGACCUUCUGUUAGCGUCUGCAGUGGAGGACUUCGAGAGCCUAGCGGCCGCCGCUAUUGAAGAUGACAUGCAUGGCCCAUGUGUAGAGGAAUACCAAGAAGAAGGCUGGAAGGCUGUUGAUCCAGACACUGGGUUGGUGAAAGUAGAAGGGCCCAUGUACCGUGCGAGGACCCGUCUAGACACCGUUACUCAAUGGUGGUGGGAGCGCGUGCGCCGCACAACGUGUGCACGCCGUUGUAACGCUUGCGAACGUCCAAUCGGACAUCAGUAG